AUGGAUAAGAAGUUUUUGACUAGAGGAUCUGCUCUACUUAGCAAUACUUUUAGAACAACAUCAGCUACUUUAUAAAUGCAGCCCAAGAAAUCCCUAAUAAUGGUCCAAAAGAGAGAUUUCUUUACAAUGAAGAAUAAGUUGUCAUAGGAAACAUCUCAGAUGAUCUUUAUGGAGAGGUAAAUGAAUAAGAUCCUAGGCUCAACAGGUCUCAGAUUCAAGUCGACUAUGACUGAAGUAGCUGCUGCUCCAGCUGAAUAGCAACUUAUUGAAUAGCCAGAAUACAAGUCCUCCGACAUCUUAAAUAACAGCGAUCCAAAGAAAAUUAGAAACUUAGCUAUUAUUGCUCACGUCGAUCAUGGAAAGACUACACUAGUAGAUUGCUUAUUAAAGCAAACAGGAGUCACGUUUUCAGAUGAAAGAGCUAUGGAUUCAAAUGACAUUGAAAAGGAAAGAGGUAUCACUAUUCUGUCUAAGUGUACUUCUGUCGUGCACAAGGACUAUAAAUUAAACAUAGUCGAUACACCAGGGCAUUAGGACUUCGGAGGAGAAGUCGAACGUAUUAUGUCUAUGGUAGAUGGAGUGUGUCUAGUAGUCUGCGCUACUGAAGGACCUAUGCCUCAGACAAAGUUCGUAUUAAAGAAAGCCCUGAGUCACAAUCUCAGGCCUAUCGUAGUUAUUAACAAAGUUGAUAGAGACUCAGCGAGAGUGCAAGAAGUUGAAAACGAAAUAUUCGAUUUAUUCUGUUAACUUGAAGCUAGUGAUGAGCAAUUAGACUAUCCAGUAAUCUAUGCUUCAGCUAGAAGUGGAUGGGCUAUAGAUGAGAUAAGUAAACCAAGAGAAAAUGUGCAGGAUCUCUAUGAAACUAUUGUUAGACACAUCCCCCAUCCAAAGGUCGAUAAUCAAGGAGAAUUGAAGAUGCUCAUUACCUAGACUGAGAGUAACAAGUAUUUCGGUAAAAUGCUUAUUGGCAGAAUCCACUAGGGACAGAUAACUAUUGGAGAUAAGGUUUCAGCAGUAGAUUCUACUGGUAAAGUUGUAGAAAUGAGCAAGAUCAUUAAGAUUAUUAAGAAGUUCGGUAUGAAUCAAGUAGAGCUCAAUACUGCAUUUGCCGGGGAUAUUGUUUCAAUUGCUGGCUUUAUGAAUGGAACAGUCAAUCAUACUAUAAACACUGCAGGAAAGUAGCAUGUUAUUCCUUCAAUUCCAAUUGAUCCCCCAAUGAUCUCUCUUUCGGUAACAUACAAUGAUUCCCCACUCAAGGGAACAGAGGGAGACAAAUGUACCAUUAAUUAGAUUCGUGAGAGAAUUCUCAGGGAAGCAGAAGAUGAUGUUUCACUUAGAGUAAAUAUUGCCUAAGUAGGAGGUGAGAAAGUAGAGAUGGCUGGAAGAGGUGAUCUUCAUUUGGGUGUGCUCAUUGAAAAGAUGAGAAGAGAAGGUUUUGAAUUAGCUGUGACUCCACCUCAGGUCGUUAUGCAGCCUCAUCCAACUGACCCAAAGAAGCAACUUGAACCUUAUGAAGAGGUUCACAUUGAUACCGGUCUAGAUUACGUAUCUUUGAUCAUAGAUAAACUUAAUGGAAGAAAAGGUAUUUUACUAAGUGCAGACGACCAACCAGACGGAAGAUAACUGCUUAAGUUCAAAGUACCAUCAAGAGGUCUUCUCGGUUUCAGAACUGAAUUGACUAAUGACACCAGAGGAACCGCUUUGUUUAGAUCCUAAUUUUUGGAAUAUGACGAGCAUGCAGGAGCCGUGAGGAAGAACCCUAAGGGAGCAAUUAUUUCAAUGGCAAGCGGUGUUACUACUGCUUACGCCUUGAGAGAUAUAGAAGAGAAGGGAACUCUGUUUGUUGGAAUAAACACCCCUGUUUACCCAGGUAUGGUCAUUGGAGAGUAUGUACUCGAAGAUUCAGAUAUGGAAAUGAACCCAACUAAGUCAAAGAAAUUAACAAAUAUCAGAACAGUAGGUCACGAAGAAUAGAUUAAACUUCAACCCCCAAGAUUAUUUAACUUAGAAGAAGCAGUCUCAUAUAUCCGUGAUGAUGAGUUAGUAGAAGUCACCCCUAAGUGGAUCAGAAUCAGAAAGAGAAUUCUAGACUCUAAUGAAAGAAAGAAGUUCAAGAGAGAUGCUAAGAAGAUGAACUGA